AGGGGACUUCCGGAGCCACGACGACAGAGCAGAGUGACAGUUGACUUACCCAAAAGGACAGCUCACUUAGCGGUGACGUCUCUGUUUCUCACGACGGGCGGGAUAUCCGCAGUAGUAAGCUAGCUAAUAACAUGGCGAAGACUUACGAUUACUUGUUUAAACUACUUUUAAUCGGCGAUUCAGGCGUCGGAAAGACCUGUGUGCUAUUCAGAUUUUCAGAAGAUGCCUUCAACUCCACGUUUAUCUCUACUAUAGGUAUUGAUUUCAAGAUCAGAACAAUAGAAUUAGAUGGCAAGAAGAUCAAGCUACAGAUAUGGGAUACAGCAGGACAGGAGAGGUUCAGGACCAUCACGACAGCGUACUACAGAGGAGCCAUGGGCAUCAUGUUAGUGUAUGACAUAACCAAUGAGAAGUCCUUUGACAACAUUAAGAACUGGAUACGGAAUAUAGAAGAGCAUGCUUCAGCAGAUGUGGAGAGGAUGGUCCUGGGGAACAAAUGCGACGUCAAUGAAAAGCGACAGGUGUCCAAAGACCGAGGGGAGAAGCUGGCGCUCGAGUACGGUAUCAAGUUCAUGGAGACGAGUGCAAAGGCGAACAUCAACGUGGAGAAUGCCUUCCUAACCCUCGCCAGAGACAUCAAAGCAAAAAUGGACAAGAAGCUGGAGGGCAACAACCCGCAGGGCAGUAGUCAGGGAGUGAAGAUUACAGAACAGCCGAAGAAGAGCAGCUUCUUCCGCUGCUCGCUGCUGUGAGGAGUCGGAGAGUCGGCAUCCACCAUCGCCUUAACUGAGUCCCGACUGGACACAACUGGACAGAGCACACUCUCCCUUUUACCUUCCUUCACUUCGUCUUCCUCCCCUUUUCUCCAUAUUAGGAAAAACAAAAGUGUAUCGCUCCCCUUGACAACUGUGAAUCUAACUCCUGUGGCCUCCGUUAGUAAAUCCCUUUUUUUUUUGUACGGUUGCUGAUUAGAUUCCAACCUCGUUAGAUUUUAUUGCCUAUUUUAAAGACUUCUUGUGAGACGAUCAAACCACUUUACUUCUCACGAUCGUGUCUCCUCCUCCUUCUGAAGUCUUAUUUAUACGACCCUUAUCACUUAAAGUAGCCCAGAUUAUACCUCCAAAAAAAGGCUUACUAAUCCAAAUGGGCUUCCUAAUUUUGAAUAUAAUCCAUCUGUCAGAUAUAUACUGUAUAUCCACGGUGAUGAGAGUCCAGGUGUGUGUGUGUGGGUGGCCUCUUUGGUAUUUCAACAUGAGGUAAACAUGUAAAUAUAUAUCACUGAUUAUGAUUCACCAUAUGUUGUGCCAGCACAUCUUUACUCAUCAUAUCCACUUGGAUACCUUUUCUACUCUGUUGAAUUCUCACAGCCGAUACAUUCCUCUUGUGAACUCUUUAAUGUGCAAUGUGUGUGUGUGUGUGUGUGUGUGUGUGUGUGUGUGUGUGUGGGGCCCAGAUUAAGCCUUUCUUUAAGUAUUCACGUGGUUGCAGUAAGACCGGGUUGUGCUUGUUUUAAGGGCUCGCAGAUUCCUUUUUUUGCCUCAUCUUUUUAGGUAUUGCCAUUUCUAUAUGAUAAGAUGUAGAUCAUGUGAUGCACUUCGACUGACAGACGAGCAAUACCUAACUCUGACACCAGGAGGCGACAGUUACACAGGAGUCUCAGCGGUCUUUUUCUUAUGCAUUUAUACUUCCGGUUUUGACGAGGGGGCAUGCACACAAACUGUUCUCUGGGCCUCGUUGGAGGAGGCUUUAGCAGUAUUUAUGGAGUGAAACAAAACAUAGCACCAAAAUGACAAAGUGCCCUUUUAUGUUCUUAUUGAUUAUUAUGCACUUUUUCCUUUUUGUUCUUUCCUGUGAAGUAAAAAGUUCUUAACAUGUUUGUUGCAAAUCUUAAAGAAGCCCUAUUGUGCUUUUGGGAAUUCCUAUUUCCUGUGACAGGGUUUUUUUUGCCUUUCAAUCAAAUUCAAAUCCUCAAAAUGUCCUUAGUUUACUUCCAGAACAUAGUGACAUCACAAUGGAACACUUGCAUUUCAAUUGGCUAGCGCUCCCAACAUAUUUUACAUGAUAGGCUAAUGGCGGCAUCUCUAAGUGGUUGACCAAUCGCAACAGAGGCAGCCAGCUAACCAAUCAGAGCAGACUGGGCUGUGGCGAGAAAAAUAAAGAGCUUUCUGAACGUUAAUGAAUCAAACGUAUCACAGUAGAGAGAAAAUACAAAUAUUAACCUGUUUUUGCAAAAAAUGGCCCCUUUAAACUGUUAGCAAAAAAUAUUGAUGCACCCUGUCUGGAAUUCCUUAAAACAACCUGAUCACUGAAACCUCAUUUUUUAAGGUAGUAAUGCAAAUACACCGAAGGCCUUUAAUUUAGAGAUGCUUUUUGUCCUCUUACAGCAUAUCUAGUGUUUGAUAUUGCACUUUCCCCUGCUUUUAAUGCAUUUCCUUCCCCUAUUGAUGCUUUAGGAAGCACCUACCCCCUACCCCUCUUUUCUCACGCUCUUACUCCCUCCCCCUUCCUCCUUUUAUCCACAUUUCAUUGGUGUUGUUUUGACCAGGUGAACUAUGCACUCUGGGUGCGUAGAGAUCAUCAAAAAGCGUUGCACAUUUGACGUGACAAGCAUUAUUUGAGAUUGUGCAAGGACCCUUUGCUCUUUUACUUUCUGCUCGUUUUGAGCUUUUCAGAAGAAGGAUUAGGAAAUGAAUUGGAAGCGGACAUAAAUCGCGUCUGAUGUUUUACAGUGUGAGCAAAUUGAGUUGUUGAAUUGAGUAUGUAACUGCGUAGGUGUCGUCCUGUGGAUCGUUGCUUUUAACAUGGCUUUGGCAAAAUGUCUGGCUCUCGCAGAGUAAGUCGAUUCAUGUUCUGAUGAAGUUGCAGAUUUCCGGCUUAUUCUGUGAAGUAAUUUGUUAUUUCAUCCCAAGUAUAAUGUUGCCACGUCCAUGUUAACAUAUGUUCAGCAUUCCCCAACUUAGCUUGGAUUUCAUCGCUGAUUAUUGAUGAUUUUCACAGGGAACAAAUAAAAUAACUCAGCAGUUGUAAAUAAGAUCAACAAUGAUUGUACUGAAGGUUCAAAAGUCUUAUUGAUAUACACAUUUUGUAGAUAUGUGUUUUGAUGAUUUAUUAAAAAUGAGAUUCUUUAAAA